UUAAAUAUGGGGGAGAGGCCACAUCCUUGACCCCUGGUAUCCCCUCAUAGUCCAUCGCACGCUGGUUUUAGUCACUUGCGCUUCUAGUCACACAUUAAUCGCAGCGAAGCCUCUAUCUCCGCCGACUGCGGGAAGAUUCGUUCGAGUGACUUCGUAAGGCACAAAAUGCGGAGCUCGUUACAUUCGCAGCUGUGAUUCUCCCUCGUUGUAGCCACGUUGCAGUCACACGUGAAUCUUCGUAUUGUCACAAUGGACCUCCUACCUCGAGCGUGGUACGAUCAAGCCGGCAGCAUCGAGGAUUCGUUAGUAGCUUCCUCGACAAAGGUUUCUCCCUCGAACAACCCCCUUCAACCCUCGCAAUCCCCUGCUAAAACCCCGUCAAAGAAAUCUCUAGUCAAGAAGGCCCGCCAAAAAAAGGGAGCGGCGGAAACCGCAGGCAAGGUUGCAGAUGCCUCCGCGGAGGCGGGGGAGGUAGCUGACGCGAAUGGGAGCUCGGCGGAAGGCGCAGGGGCGGGCGGGGGGGAAGCCUCGAGCGCGGGGGAAGGAGUGCAGGCGGAGGACCCGCGUGGGGGACUGUCGGAGGCGGAGUGGUUGGCGCUGGCGGAACGGCUGCGGGGGGAAGGGGACGCGCUUUUGAAGGAGGCGGCGGAAGCGUACGAGCGGCGCAAGGAGAGCAGCAGCGACGCCAGGUGGCUCGCUGCCGUCCGUCGAUCUGGAACGGCCGCAGAUCGUGUGGCUGCGCUGACUGUGGUUAUACAGGAUGACCCUGUAGCGAAUCUCGGCAACCUGGACGCCCUUUUGGCCAUGGUGGUCAACAAGGCCACCAAGCGCCACGCCAUAGGCGCCAUGGACGCGCUCUGCGAGCUCUUCACCUCCUCGCUGCUCCCAGACGCGCGCAAGCUGCGCUGGCUGCACCAGCAGCCGCUGCUGCUGGUCUCCCCGUUAAAACCCCCCUCGCUACAAGCAACCAGCGCAGGAAAGGUGACUGUAGUGGGGGGGGAGCCAGGCAAGCGGCUGCUGCGGCUGUGGCGGUACGAGGAGUGCCUAAAGGAGCGGUUCGAGCGGUUCCUAGAGGGGCUGGAGGAGGGCGGGAAGGAUGUUUUGGAGUUUGUACGCGAUAAGGUGCUGCGGAUCCUGCACGUGCUGCUCUCGUCCAAGCCAGAGGGGGAAAGAAGGGUGCUGCAGGCGUUGGUCAAUAAGCUCGGAGAUCCGAGCCGUAAGGUGGCCUCUAAAGCCAGUUAUCUGCUAGGCUGCCUGCUGGACGCCCACCCCAACAUGGCGCCAGUCGUCAUCAAGCAAGUCGAAGCCUUCGUCUUCCGCCCCAACAUGAGCACGCGCGCACGCCACUACGCCGCCGUCUUCCUCAACCAUAUCACCCUGUCGUACCGAGGGCUGGGGCCCAUGCUGGCGCGCCAGCUGAUCGAUCUGUACUUUGCUGUGUUCAAAGUGGAACGGUUUGUUUCAGCAGCAGCAGCGCCGGGAGUGAAGGGAGCUGAAGGGCAUGAGCUGGAGGCCGACAGCGCCCUGCUGUCGGCUCUUUUGACAGGGGUCAACCGUGCAUUCCCCUAUGUGGCUGAAGACGACGUGGCGGAGGUGAUAGAGACGCACACGCCAAUGCUCUUCCGCAUGGUGCACGCCGCCAGCUUCAACCUCGGCGUGCAGGCACUCAUGCUGCUCUUCCAGCUCAUGGCCAAGAGCGAGGCUCUCAGUGCACGCUACUACCGCGCUCUCUACUCGGUGCUCUUCUCGCCUGUCCUCGCCAAGUCCUCCAAAGGUCCCAUGCUCAUGGCAUUGGUAUUCAAGUCAAUGAAGGCAGACGUCAACAUGCCCCGGAUUGCAGCAUUUGCCAAGCGGCUGCUGCAAGUGGCGCUGCAGCAGCAGGCGACUUUUGCCUGUGGCGCCCUGCUGCUGAUCUCAGAAGUGCUCAAGCUUCGACCCAUGCUGUGGAGUGCUGUCUUGGAGCCAGAAGCUAACACAGACGACGUGGAGCAUUUUGUAGACGUGGAUAAAGAGGCAGCUACUAACGAGGAUGCCUUUCCUGAGGGACGGAAGGAGCGAGGGAAAGGAGGGGAGGAGGGAGACGAGGGGGGGUGGGGAGAGGGGGAGGAGGGAGAGGGAAGGCGGAGGAGGGAUGGUGCUUAUGAUCCCAAGCUGAGGGAACCGUCUCUCUGCCACGCCGAUCGCGCCUGUUGGUGGGAGCUGGCAGCCCUAGCAGCGCACGUGCACCCCACGGUCUCCCGUCUCGCCGCCUCCCUUCUCUCGGGGGAACCCGCCUCCUUCACUGGAGACCCCAUCCAAGACCUCUCCCUCUCCGCCUUCCUCGACCGCUUCGCCGAGAAGCAGCAGAUGAGAAUGAAAGCCGCGGGCCGGGAGAAUGCGGCUUCUGCUGCUGCGGUGGCGGCGGCGGGGGGGAGGAGAGGCGUGGGAGAUAUGAGGGAGGAGUUGGGUGAGGGUGAUGAAGGGGAGGAAGAGGAGGAGGAAGAGGUGGAGGGAGAGGAAGAGGAGGAGGAAGGGGAGGGGUUGGGAGGGACAGGGUUCCUGGAAGUUUCUGACGACGAUGAUGCUGCUGACGAGGCGAUUAAGAACUGGAUGGAUGAGGAGGGAGGGGAUGGGGGGAGUGAUUUGAGUGAGGAAGAGGAGGAGGAGGGAGAGGGGGAGGAAGGGGAUGAGGAUGAGGAAGAGGAGGAGGGGGGUGGGGGGUUUGAGUUUGAUUAUGAUGACAUGGAUGAUUUGUCUGGGGAGGAUGCUGUGGGAGAUGAGGAGGAAGAGGAAGAGGAAAAGGAGGAGGAGGAGGAGGAGGAAGAGGAAGAGGAAGAGGAGGAGGAGGGGAUAGGGGGAGAAGGGGAAGAGGAAGAGGACGGAGGAGAGGAGGAGCCGGAGGAAAUAGCAAUCAAGUCAAGUGCAAAGAAAGGUGGUAGUGGGAAGAAGCAGCCGCCUGCUUUGGCCCGAAGGAAGGAGCGUGCACGAGAGGAUGCGAAGAGGAGCAAGAGAGAGGCAGCCAGUUGGAAUGAUGAUAGCGGUGAUGUGGGGAAGCCCAUAAAGAAGCAGAGGAAAGGGGAAGUGAGGGCCGAGGCUGGUGGGGCCAGUUUCCAGAAAGCCGAGAAGGGCCGGGGUAAGCCGAAAGGGGGUUUGUCUAGUAGCCCUUUUGCAAGCUUCGAUUCUUAUGCCCAUUUGUUGGAUGAGUGAAGGAUUUUUUCGGUUGAAUUCUGAAAGAAGAUUCCAGUAACCCCUUAGCGAGCUUAGAUUCUUGUGCCCAUUUGUUGGACGACCAAAUGGGGCAGUUUGGAGCAAGCUUUGAUGCUUCCUAUGCUCAAUUGGUGAAUGGUUAGAUUAGGUUGUUGGCUGUAAUCGAGUGGUUCCUUGUCUGGAUGAUCAGCAAGUUCGAUCU